AAGAUAAUAGAUAUUCGAUCGGCCAUGGCGAUAACGGCGAAUCAAUCCCGUCAGCAGCCGCAUUUUAUGGUGUUCCCCAUCAUGCUUCCGGGGCAUAUGAUCCCCCUGAUAGAUGUUGCCAGGAUGCUAGCUCGGUGCGACGGCGUCAUCGUCACCGUCCUCACCACCCCCGUCAAUGCCAAACGCUUCCGCCCAGCGCUCGACCGCGAACGCCGAUGCGGUUUCAAGAUCCGAGAGCACGAGCUCCGGUUUCCCUGUGUGGAAGCCGGGUUACCGGAAGGAUGCGAGAAUGCGGACUUGAUCCCCAAAGGUCAAAACCUGGCAGCCAACUUCAUGGCCGCCGUCGGAAUGCUGCGGCCGCAGGUGGAAGAAGCGGUGAAGCAAAGCAAGCCGCCGCCGAGCUGCAUAGUCUCCGACAUGUUGCUGACGUGGACGGCGGAGGUGGCGGCGGGGCUCAACAUCCCCAGGCUUGUGUUCAACGGAUCGUGCUGCUUCUCCGACGUCUGUGAAGCGAGAAUCUCGGACUCCGAGAUUCUCGGGGAGGUGGGUUCAGAAUCGGAGCAGUUCACGGUCCCCGAGGUGCCGCAUAACAUACAAGUGUGCAAAUCUCAGGUCAAAUUAUGCACGACUGAUCCAAAUCUUUUGGAUGAUGAUCCUAGGAAACAAUGGAGUGUAAAGAUCAGGCAGACCUCAAAAUCCGCUUAUGGUGUAAUUGUGAAUAGCUUUGAUGAACUGGAGCCUGAUUAUGUAAAAGAGUAUCGGAAGAUGCAUCAUGGGAGAGUGUGGUGUGUUGGACCCGUUUCAUUAUGCAACCAAAACUACCAAGAUCAGUCACUAAGAGGCUAUAACAACAAUUAUAGUGACCAACAAGAGUGUUUGAAGUGGCUCGACUUGCAGGCACCGGGAUCAGUGGUAUAUGUUAGCCUUGGAAGCAUGGCGGCGCUAUCACCACGGCAGAUGGCAGAACUAGCUAUGGGUUUGGAGUCAAACAAAAGGCCAUUUCUUUGGGUGUUGGGUAAAAGAGGCAAGAAUAUUGAUGCGUUUGAGGAUUGGAAUGUAAGUAGCGGGUUUGAACAAAGGAACAGAGGGAGAGGGCUUUUGGUCCGAGGGUGGGCUCCUCAAGUGCUCAUCCUGUCCCAUACUUCCAUUGGAGGAUUCUUGACUCAUUGCGGGUGGAAUUCAACUUUAGAAGCCAUUUCUGCCAAAGUGCCAAUGGUCACGUUGCCACUGAUUGCUGAACAAUUUUUGAAUGAGAAGUUGGUAGUGGAGGUGCUCGGAAUUGGAGUAAGCCUAGGGUUGAAGAUGUCUAUUGAUUGGGAUGGUGAAGACAAAGAUGAUGUGGUUAUGGUGAAGAAUGAAGAGAUAAAUGAAGCCAUAGAUAAAAUAAUGGAUGAAAGGGGGAUAGAGAUAAGGAGGAAAGUAAGAGAGUUGGGAGAAAUGGCAAAGAAGGCAGUUCAAAAAGGGGGUUCUUCUCAACUAAACUUGAUUUCUUUAGUCCAAAAUGUUUCAUCAUUUGCACAACCAUGAGAAUCAUAUCUAAGUAUAUACGUCCACCUGCAAGCUUUGUAGUACUUGUUAUGCUUGUUGAGUUUUGCUAAUAAUUAAAAUCAAAUUCAUAACCAACAAUUAUUUUUUAUUGUAUU